ACAGGUCUGACAGCCACUUCGCCUGAAGCUGCGUGAGCAGCCGAAGAAGGCCUUCUGCGAUGGCCGCUAGAAUUACCCACUAGCGCCUUCGCUAAGACUGCUAUGGAGACUUCCCACAGCAAGUGUUGUCCCUCACCCCUGCCCCCGGCGCUGAGUGGCAGAGACCUGCCAGAAGGGUCCCACAAGAAGCCCGGUCAUGGGCCUCGCCGACUUCCCUCUACUGGUUGGCCACUAAGGGCUUCCUGGGCUGGUGGCACCACUCGCAGGUCAUCUUGCCGCCAUCCUGCAACUGCUUCUCAGCGGUUGCGAAAAGUGCCUGCUCGGUGCUUUUCCAGGGUCCUGCGGACCCUUCGAUCUUUUCUGGGAGACUUGGAUAUUGCCUCCUCCCUCCGCAUGCCAGGUCUCCUGAGGAGGACGCUGCUGUCAACUGCAGCUUUCAUGAAUUCCUGCAUCCCAGGCCGCAGACUCAGACAGCCGCCUUGUAGGGUGCAGGGGCAGGAAGUGGCUCCUUGCCAGCAUCCAGCACCCCAAGAACCCUGCCCAGGGAGGACUGUGAUCACAGCCCCUGGAGACAGUGGCCAAGUGGUGGCUGAGCAAGCAGAGCACCCUGUAGAUAGAGAACAUCAGAGGGGGCGCCCUCAGGUCACUGGGAGAGCAUCUGCUUUUAGGCCCCUGGGGGCCCAUAGCGGUGUGCCUGCCUUUGUGCCCAGGCCUGGGCCUCUGUGGAGAAACCUCUGCACCCAGAGCUCCCAAGACAGAGCUGAGAGCUCCCGGGCCAUCUGCAUGAGCUCCUGCCCCAAAAGAAACCCCAUCAGCAGCUCCUACAGCUCCACACGAGGUCUCCAAGCCCUGAAGAGGAGGGCUCCAGACCCAUCCAAGGGGGAGCCGCCCCUGGAAUGUUCUUCAUCCCCAGGGAUUCCCCCAAAGAAGGCCCAGGGUGAGAAGGUGGCAGAAGGCAGGGCGGGACACCCAUUGCCCAAGAAGAAGUCCUCAUCCACGGGAGACACCAGCAGGCCACGGAAACGCAAGUUUCCUCUCCUGCAAUGCCGCCGAGGGGAACCUCUGAAGCUGCCACCACCUCUGUUAGUGGCCCAUCCAGUGACUGCUGAGGACCUAGACAGGGAGAAGAAGAAAGCUCUGCAGCGCAUCAACCGUCUUCUGAUGGGUGAGACCCAGGCCAUUGGGAACAGCUGUGCCAUGGCCCCACAAGCCCAUGGGGGGGUCCCCUCUCCACUGGGAGGGGCCAGGCCUCUGCCAUCAGUGGGCCUCAGCCAGACCUUUCCCCAUCCCCCCAGCAGCACAACCAUGGUGGCCCACACCCCAGUGUGGGUCAGCUCUGCUGUCUCUUCCCAGAGCCAUCCUCCCAUUACCAAUCUUACAGGACCGCUCUGCCCCAGCCUGCCAAUUGCUGCUUUGGCCCUUCCUCCCAGGCCCUCUCUCAGCACAUUGGCAGGCUUGGCUGCACAGCCAGUGGCCCCCUUUGGGGUCACACCCUUGAACACCACUAUGCCUUCACAGCCCCCACAUCUGGGGCCUCCCUCCACCUUGGGUAGGAGCUUCCGGCGCUCUCACCAGGGCCCAAAGCCCUACUGUACUCACAGGCCCUCACCUGUAGCAAGCUCCAGCUCUCCAGCUCGAAGGGUGCGAGGACACAUUCCACAGGGUAAGCAGCCUCUCACCCCUGGAGCCACUGUCCCACCAAGUUCUGGGGUUCCUGGUGGGAUGAAGCCUGGAGCCCCUAGCUUAGUCAGCUGUCAUCAGCUUGGACACGUGGGAGCUCCAGGUCCAGGGGCAGCUCCAAUGCCACCCUUGACUGUGGGCCCAACAACCUUGGGCAGCCUAAACUACUCAACCCUUGGGUCUGACAAACAGAGAAACUCCACUGUGGGUCCUCGUGGUAGCACCCAGACACAUUCAGUGACUUCAAAGGCAGCUGGGAGGAGAGGCUUGUCCUUGGGUCAGACAUCACGCAAGAAAAGAUCAAGCUCAGAAAGUAGAGAAACCCCCAAAAGUAGAGAGCACCGUGGGGCAAGUUUGGGAAAUGACACCUACACUGCCCCUAGCCAGAGCACCACCAUGGCACCCAGAAAACACACCAAAGAGGGUAAAAAAGGGCAAGGAAAGAGUGGAGUUCCUACCCCGAGUGCCAUUCCUCAAAGCCUGCCCAUUCAGAAACACCAAAGCUUACCUCAGGGGACAAGCACUCCCACUGAAAAGGGUAUCUCUAGUUUGCCUUCAGUCCCUGGGACAUCAAGGAGAUCAGAGAGCCCAGACUUGCUUCCUGAACUCAUGUCAGCCUUUGGGGCCUGGUGUAGCUCCUCCCAAAGAGGAGAAACCCCAAGCACCAGGCAGCAACAAGGAGCAAUGUUGGAACAGAACACCUCCAGUGCCCCUAGCCAGAGCACCACCAUGGCACCCAGAAAACACACCAAAAAGGGUAAAAAAGGGCAAGGAAAGAGUGGAGUUCCUACCCCGAGUGCCAUUCCUCAAAGCCUGCCCAUCCAGAAACACCAAAGCUUACCUCAGGGGACAAGCACUCCCACUGAAAAGGGUAUCUCUAGUUUGCCUUCAGUCCCUGGGACAUCAAGGAGAUCAGAGAGCCCAGACUUGCUCCCUGAACUCAUGUCAGCCUUUGGGGCCUGGUGUAGCUCCUCCCAAAGAGGAGAAACCCCAAGCACCAGGCAGCAACAAGGAGCAAUGUUGGAACAGAACACCUCCAGUGCCCCUAGCCAGAGCACCACCAUGGCACCCAGAAAACACACCAAAAAGGGUAAAAAAGGGCAAGGAAAGAGUGGAGUUCCUACCCCGAGUGCCAUUCCUCAAAGCCUGCCCAUCCAGAAACACCAAAGCUUACCUCAGGGGACAAGCACUCCCACUGAA